ACCAGUCGGGAAGAGCACCAGGGCAUUCAGCUGAGAGACUUCUCAGAGGUGGACUUAAGACCCUAACAACAGGCGAAGAAAAAAGAAAGAAAGAGGGAAUAUGGUGCAUAGAGAAUAGACCAGGUGUCUCCAGGCUGCCAAAGCUGAGAGGACGUCUUCAGUUUCAAGACAAGAGUUUUGUCUUAGCCUUUACAGAAGAUCAAGGGACAAGAGGGCAAAUUACUCCACGCCAUUUGGGCACAGCUCUUUCUUCUGAGGAUCAGUGCCUUCAAGGCCUUUGAUUGUAAAGGUGUUGGUGAAGACAUUUGGAAUUAUAAGGAGGUGCCUCUCACUCACGCUUACGCUCAAAUGCAACAAUUGCACCCCUUUUUCCUUAGCCUGUGACAAAAACCUUGGGCUGGUACAGUGUUCAGUUAAGUUUUCGUUUCUUUUCACCACCUCACUCCCCCACUUCAUAAGGUUUGUAAAGAAGCCUGGCAUAUUCUCUCCAUCCAUCUUUAACAGAAACUCACCGCGUGAUGGUGCGCCAGACGAUGGCCAGCCCCCUUCUUUCUGCUUGUCCGUUCCAAUUAUUCGCUAUGGGACUGCUAGCAGUGAUUUUUUGUGCUGGCUCUGUGGAAACUGAGAAAGAUGGAAGCGGAAGGGGCCAAGGGAAGAAAUCUGGAUGGAAUGAAGCAGGCAGCCUUCCUUUGUCAUCAUCCAAUAACCUGAACACUUCUAUAAGAAAGAUCCACCACAAUGAUUCUCGAGAUGCCUGGAUGCUCCUUAUGAAACAGUCAAGCAGUGGGGUAAACAGCAAAAAAGGGGACAGAAGCAAAUCCAAAAAAAUGAAGUUUAGCAUUCCUGGCCCACCAGGGCUUGCCGGUCCACCAGGACCUCCUGGAGUCAUGAUUACUCGUGAAGAGCUGUUGAGGGAAUUCCGAACAUUGUUGAAAGGGGCUAUCAGGGACCGCGAAAGGAUCAGUCUUAAAGCCUGUGAAAACUGUGAGGAAGAAAAGAACAGGGGUGGAGAAGAAAGUAACUUCUUUGCUCAGUUCCAUGAUCCACUGCUAGAAAGCAGAGAGCAAGGGAGAGUGGUGGCAGCAUUCUACUGCCGAAUGCGGAAGAACAUUUCAAUUGAACGACGCUCCCUGCAAGAGCUGCAACUCUAUUAUAUACCUAAAAAUGGGGAGACAUUCCACCGUGGCCUGGGACUAAACCUUACUAGUGGGCAAUAUGAAGCACCUCUCAGUGGAUACUACAUCUUCAGUGCCACUUUGCAUGUGGUUCCUGAGAACCAUCCGAAGAAGAAUCGGCCACAUUCUCGGGAUCGGCUGCGCUUGCUGAUCUGCAUCCAGUCACUCUGUCGCCAGAACAUUUCUCUGAAAACAGUGAGCCAUUUGGACAAAAGCAGCAAACAUUUCACUAUUUCCGUCAAUGGAGUUCUCUUCCUGCAGGCUGGCCAGUAUGCUUCCGUUUUUGUAGACAAUGCCUCAGGAACCUCCCUCACUAUACGACGUGGCUCAGACUUCAGUGCUAUCCUUUUGGGCAUCUGACUGUCCCCGUAACCCACUUUUCCUUAGGCUGAAAGCUUGUCUUUACCAGUGCUCCAUUAAGCUUUUCCCCCUGCAAUCAAGUCUGUGGACUUAGCAACACUAUAAGGAAGACACAAUUCCUGUUUGUGCAAUGGAAGCAAACCAGAGCCACUCCUCAGUGGCUAAACAUGCCAAGGUGAAGAACUGGGUUCAGGAAAACUGGCCAAACAUGAGGUCGAACUGAGCAACAAGAUGUUCAACAAAUUUAUAAAGGGUGAAAGCAAGUGAUGCAGGAUUACUGCUGUUAAUCUAGAAUGUUCUGUAUAUGUCUACUGUUUGAUAUUUCAGUUUCAGAGGAAUCCUCAAACCUAGUUUAUUUCCAUAAGUAAACAUGUUGUUCCCUACUCAGCAUGAGACUUCACAUUUACACUUUUAGAAGACCCAGCUAUCUUAUUAGUUCAGACAUUUCCAUACUAAUGUUUCCCACAUAAUACAUAAACAUUUUGCUCUUUGUGUGGGACUCUCUUGUCUGAUCACUUCUUUAUCCUAAAGUACAAUUCCACUAUUGUUUUGUACUUCACAUUACCAAACUCCUUUUUUUUAGCUUUGACAGAUUGCCUUCUGUAUGAUACCAGUUACCUACCUUGGUUGUUUUUUGAUAGAGAUAUUGGGUUGCUAGCAAAGUACUGGUAGCCAAGCUAGCUGUUCUGCUGAAGUCAGUCAGAACACCUAUGUACUGGUAGCCAAGGCUACUAAAUGGAAGGAAGGUCAUACAUUGUGCUACCCAAAGAAACAGAUUACAUUUAUCAGAAAAAGCAUACGUAAUGUUAGUAUUCAGGCAUGGGGUGGUGAGAUGGGGGACUAAGAGUACUUCAUUUUCUUAGUAAUUACCCUGUUUCCCCGAAAAUAAGACCUAACCUGAAAAUAAGCCUUAGUAUGAUUUUUCAGGGU